AUGGCACCCAAAAAGGAUAAACAAAAAGAAACAGCUAAUCAACCCAAGUCCUCCCAGUCCAAGUCAUCCCAGUCGCUUCGAAUCCUCCCUACAUCCAUGAGUCAAGUUAAGCCAGAGUUGCCUAAACAGUUGAUUCCUUUCCCAGGUCAUACUUCAAUCUCAGUUGCUACCCCAAUAUCAGUUGCCAACAGAUUCUCCAAUCUUGGUUCUACAGUAGGACAAAUCUGCCCAAGUUAUCAGUCGACUCUGAUCUCCAGUUAUGAUCCUUUCUCAGUUGAUCCCUCAGUUGGCCCUUCAGUUGCUUUCAAAAAGACAUCCCCUUAUUUUCCCAAAAGUAACUCUCACUUGUUUGUCAUUGAGCCCAAUUAUGAUGUUCAUUCAUAUCCAAUUGCCACAACCAAACACUAUUUCCCUCCAGGAUUUCACUAUAUGCCUCCAAGUCCUUACAAGUCCCUCAAGUAUUAUAGAGAUAUACUACUUGAAACUCAAUCAGUUGAAAUUAAGCCGAUAAAGGAUCGUGAUCACCCUGAGACCAUCCUUUAUCAUUUAUAUCCACAAAAUUAUGAGUCAAGAGUCUUUCAGUAG